ACACUCACAAUGCUUUUACUUCCCGGUUAUCUCCCUGCAAGAAUUGAAAGUUAUAUUCUUCAAGGAAUGUUAUAUUGCUUCCCAUGUGCGCACGGAUGGAGAGUCUGUUUCAGAGCCGAAGGAUAAAACUUCACCAAUCUUACAAAAUGUCUUGAAGACCAUUGCUAUCUUUUGUUAUAAAUUGGAAGAAUAAUGGAUUCAACAUUCACAAGCAGUUCUCAGGAGUGAAACGACAGGAGGAAGCAUUUUGGGAACAUCAUUGGAAUACCAAAUUUGUUACAUUCUUCAGAUUUUUAUAUAGAUUCCUGAGCACAUUUCAUGACUGUGACGUCAUAACGAAUGCAGAUUCAUUUGCGAAUAUAAUUCAUCCUCUUCGAAAAUUCUGAGGCGAGUAUAACUGUAUUGUGAUUUGGGCUGACGAUGGGGCCGCGCCGAACCCUGGCCAAGCUAACCUACAUCACCAUUCUGGUAUUUGGAUUCAUCUGUGGAAUACUCAACUUCCAACAUUUAUGGCACAUAGAGCCCGAAAUCCCUCGAACUCGAUUGUCUCUCUCGAGAAAGACUGGACAUGGAAAACUCCAGAAAAAAGACCAUAGUUUGGGCAGCGGUAGUGAGAGUUGGCUGAACUUCCCAAGUCUACGGGUGGAAAAGAGGCCCGCUGGCGAAAAGGAGAUGGAUGAGAGUGCAGAAGAAGAGGAUAUCAUGAAACUCCGUGAAGAUGUAGAAAUAGCCCUUCUAAGGUUGGAGAUGGCAAAAAGGUUGAGGCACCGAGAUGUUUCCAUUAAAUAUCCGGGUAAUUUUGGACAGGCAAAAUUGAAAGCGGUGUAUACUUCUGAGGAUAAAUCACCCAAUACCGAUGACUUACAUCAGAGGACGGAACAGCACGAUACCAGGAAACAUGAAAUACAGAAUAAUGGCAUAGGUAUAGAUAAAUUAUUUAAAAAAUUAAAUGAUAUUGAUGAUUAUUUAGAAAAGGAGGAAGAUGCUGUGAUCAAGGAUGACCCUAAUCUCAAUGCGGAUGUUGAACGGGCUGUGCCUGUUUUAAAUGUUAAACGCUACGUGGACGAGCCUGUAGACCCGCAUGAGUACAACUAUAUUUACAAUCCAUCCCAUGUCUGUUUAGACAAAGAUGGACACCCUCGUAGGGUCUUUAUAAUCUUCCUGGUAGUCACCGCACCAGGACACUUCCAGAGGAGGCAUGUCGUCAGACACACCUAUGGUGACCAGAAACAAUGGCCUGCCCUGAAGAGAGGUAUCUUCGCCACGGUGUUCCUUCUAGGGAAGACCUUCAACGCUACUCUGCAGAGGAUGAUAGAUGAAGAGGCCCAGAAACACAACGACAUCCUCCAGGAGGACUUCAUUGAUACCUAUGCGAACCUCUCCCGGAAGACGGUUAUGGGACUGAAGUGGGUGACAAAUCACUGUCGUCACGCGUAUUUCGCCAUGAAGAUAGACGACGACUCCAUGAUUAAUCAGGGUCGGUUUCUGUGGAUCUUCAAGGAAUCUUCGUUCACCAACUGGACAGCCUCCGAAACCAUGUGGGAAGCACCAGUGUUGCGUAGCAAUUUAAGCAAGUACUACAUCUCCAAGGAAUACUACCCCGCCCCAACAUACCCACCGUACAUGAACGGUCCUGGUUAUGUGAUGUCGUCGGACUUGGUUGAAGCAGGGUACCACAUGGCUCUCAAGACACCCCUCUUCCCGUGGGAAGAUGUCUUCCUAGGAACGUGCUUCAAGAAGAUGGGGUUCAAGCCAGUUCAGCAUAAACGCUUCUUGUGGAUAUCAGACCCUGGAUUUUUCACUGGUAACAGCGAGAGGACCAUCGUCACAUCGAUACGUUCCUAUGUUGUGGUAUCAAACCUUCACCCAGAUACCAUGAAGUUUGUUUGGUUUACGUGCAAGAUCAAAUUAAUAAAACCGAGGUGAUGCUUUUGCCCUUGGCCUUCAACUCAAUGCAAUGUUAUCGAAUAAUUUAAUGUUUUUGUAUUCAGCACGAGCGCCUUUGAGAUAUUGUAUCUUCAAUUAUUAUCUCCGGCACGCUAAGUUGCCAUGGAUCAAUGUCCAUGUUGUCUCGAGAACAUUAUGAUCUUGUACGACGCUAAAAAGUAAAGGAUUUUGCUCAAUUAUGCGUUACUGCAUCAUCAGGCUUUCGCAUCCGUUACCAUGGUUAUCUAGCAAUAGCAUGGAGCAAUGUAUCUCUACUUUCUUGAUUUAACAUGUUUGAUAAGCAUAAUGGAAGGUAUAUUUAUUUAUGGUGAUGAUGGUGAUGAUGAUGUUGAAAAUUACCCAAGUAAGAAUUUUGAUGAAGGUUUGCCAAUUUAUAGACAGUUAUUCACUUUAACAGGUUAAUGUUAACUGUAUUAAUAAUAACCACUGCAGAUUUGUUGUUAUGGGGUAUCAACACCAAUAGAGUAUUAUUAAUUCAAAGGUCAUACAUGUAUUUAUCUUAAUUACCAUAAUAACUCCAAUAAUAUUGUUCUUGCGAUAAUUGCAAUAAUCGCCCACCAAUAUCAGACAGACAUGAACAUUCACUGAAAAGGAAAUGAAACCAUCAGUAUAAUUCGAGUAGUGAUUAGAAGAUGUAUAGGUUUAAGACAAAACCAAGAAUUACAUUGACACUACGUUCUCCCUUGCUUAGGCAUCAUUUCCCAAAUUCAAGUAAUGGUGACCAAUUUGUUUUCUGUUGUUUCUCGAUACUUACCAAGCUGACAUAAACAACAUCUUUAUUUUUGUCGAUUUCUGAUAUCAAGUAUUAAAAUUUCAGAUACCAAAUGACAAAGUAUGAAUCACAAAGAUUUCGUUUCAUAUCGAGUUAGCGAAGAGAUACCUUUCAUAAUUGAUAUCGGUCUUUGUAUAAGUAACUUGACAUUGAGGAAUAAAAUGCUUUCUCUAUUUUUUUUUCAUUAAAAAAAAAUAUUUUCUUUAUCAUGCUUAUGUACGUGCUCGAAAAAAAAUCGAAUGUUUGACAAAGACAGAACAUAACUUGCCACCUACGAUUCAAGGAAAAUCUGUUUGAUAUUGCAAAACCCUUUGAAAUGAGAAAAUAAUCUGUAUAAUGGCUAUGGUGUCCGAUUCAAAAUUAGAAUAAGAUAACGUUGACCCAUAAUUUCUAUAUAUCAGAAUGAGAUACUUAAUUGAAUUUUUGAUUGGUAUUGAUCGUUACAAUCUAAAGAAAUUAGAUAGCUUUGCACCUGUCUAAUAGUACAUGUAACUUUUGUAAGGUUAAUGAUUAUCAACCUCGUUUUCAUAACAAGGCAACGAACUACCUCAUCAGCUUAUUCUUUAUUUCAAACGAAUGCUAAGUAGGAUGGUGCUUUUCUAGAGUACCAGUUGUCAUCUAAUUCACAAAGUAGAUUAUUGUUUCAUUCCUGCAUGAAUAUUAUCAAAUCAUGAUUGUAAUCAUGAAUAUAAUACGUGCAAGAAAUAAGGCUUAAACUAAUCCUACGCACACACACUUUCACUCUCACUCUAUUAGGCACACGCACAGAUUCAUUACUUAUCUCUCCCUCCUCUCUCUCUCCCCCCUCCCCCUCUCUCUCUGAACUUUAAUGAACAGCACUGCGUAACAUAUAUUUUUGUACAUGUAUAUCUCUCUUUAUAUACACACCCACCCACCCACACACACAUGCACACCAUUAUCUGGCAUUAUCCUACUAUUGGGCAAAUUACGCGAUCCUGUUGAAAAUAAGACUGCACAAGCAAUAAAUACUAGACAUUCUGUAGGCCUAACUGUAUAUUGAUAUGGUGCUAUAAUAAACUACAUCCUGUUAUGUCAAUCGCGGAAUUACAAAUCAAUUCUAGUUUGUUUCGAAAAUAUAUUUUGCAAGCUACUAAACUUUGUGAAACAUUUACAAAAUAUUUUUAAUGUUCAUCAAUUGUGAUAAUAAAUGCAUUUUUUAUAACAAAA